GCAAACACCAAAACCCUUUUAUAAUUUAGAGAAAGUGGAAGUUCUCUGUGCAUAAUAUAACAUCCGUUGGUAUCUAUGCGUGGAUAUCCGGACUUGACUGGUACGAGCCAUGACCAAGGUUAUAUAGUUCUAGAACUUCCUUUAAAUAGGAUCAUUCAGUACCGAGAAGAUUAUUGCUGGCAAACGUACGUAUGAGUGCACCAUUGCGAGAUUCUUUGAGCUCUAGUUUGAACAAGUGAUUGACCGCAAAUAUGGCUGGAUGGAGUACAUGGAUCUUUAUUGCCAUGGUUUCCUGUCUUUCUGAGAUUAAUUGUCAAUCUGACGGGAAUCAUCCACAGUAUUGCUCAGGUGGAAUUCAAUUUCAGGAUCGAUGUUAUUGGUUUAGCAGUGAACCAGCGAAAUGGCUGGAUGCCCAUCACAAAUGCAACAAAUAUGGGGCUAAUGUUCAGAUGACUGUGAUUACCAACAAAAAACAACAAGAAUGGUUGCAUUCGACUUUGCCUUAUCGCGAUCUGUGGAUCGGUCUACACGAUACACAUGAAGAUGGCCAUUGGCUGUGGGUAGACGGCACGUAUCCAAAUUAUACCAAUUGGGCUUCAUCUCAUCCUUUGAACUCCUCUGAUCGUAACUGUGCAUUGAUGUCUCAUCUUGGAGGUCACUGGAUGGAUCAGCGGUGUCAUUCCGAGUAUCACUACGCAUGCUCAUCAACCUCUAAUUAUCCCAUUUGCCACGAUGGAGGAAUAUUUUUUCGUGAUCGAUGUUACUGGCAAGUCGAGGAGAAGAAGAGUUCCAUGCAAUUAGCUCAAUCAGCGUGUGCACAGAUUGAGGAAGGAGCACAAGUGGUCAUCAUCCGAGAUGGGGAGCUUAAUGCAUUUCUCUCCAAGUUAGUUUACCCCGUCAUGUGGAUUGGUUUGACUGACGCUCAACACGAAGGUCACUUUUUUUGGGUUGAUGGAAGUGAAACAACAUACAGGAAUUGGUUGCCGGGCGAGCCCAAUAACGACCGUCGUAGAGAGGAUUGUGCUACAAUGGAUUAUGGUACAGGUGGCUGGAAUGACGUACCGUGUCGUGGAUACAGUUAUCGUGUAGUCUGUGCAGUGCCACCUUGUUCUGAUGACGGUGAAGGAUCUGGUGGUAGUGGGUUAUGUCUUGAUGACAGCCCACAUUGCUCGUGUGUAUCAAGCGGGUACUGCUUAGAUGGUGGCAGGUGCCACUGCUUGAAGAGAUUCCAUGGUAUGGUGUGUGAUAAAGCUGAUGUCAAAGUGAGUCUGCGCACUGCAAGUCACGUGCAAGAGGGAGAAUCCAUUGAAUUAAAAUGUCACGUGAACAUCCCUAAGCAUGACUAUUCACUUCAAAUUGAACACGUGACUGCACACUCCCCGGGUAGCCCCCUCCCAGAACACAGGACUAAUUUUUUCCUGGAUAAUGAGGAGAAUGGCUACUAUAGGGUGGUUAUCUACAAUACCACUUCCAACGAUACAGGAAAUUAUGUAUGUGUUGUUUCAACGUCUGCUGGUGUAGUACCGGUGACAAGAAUUGACAGUGCCUACGUCAAAGUCAGAUCCAACAAUUCACCGCAUCAUAUCCCAAAGCCAACACCCGAUAAAGUCAAAGGAGACGCAGAACUAACAACAGACGGCAAUGCUGAGUCUGGAUUGACCGUUGCUGUAGCCGUCUUGGCCGCUUGUUGCAUCUUACUCAUCAUUGCUCUGGUUGUUGUCAAGGUUCUCGAAGUAAGACGAGAAAAGAAUUACGGGUCUGGAGUUCGUAUGAGUGCUCUGUUGUCCUAAUGACGUCAGUUGCUGAAAAUAACAAUGUUCUUGUCAGACGUGGAUACUGCAAACCUGCAUCCUAGCUAUCGAAUACGUUGUUUAAAAUAGGGUUUUCAUUAAUUUACACUGAAAGAUGUCUGAAAUCGUGUAGUUAAUCGAACCAAAACAUCAAACAGUGUACAUGUCCCUAGUCACUGAUCUAUUGCAUAUCUGGUAGACAGUAAGUCUGGAGAUAUGUCGGAGAAAUCAACUCUCCUCAUCGCGAUCAGUCACAGCACUUUUGGUAGGUUUGAAUAAAAUGGAUAGCUGCAGGGUUUUUAGGGUAUGAUAACAUGGAUGGAUCAACUUGCAAACAGUUAAAUAUCUUUACAAACUUGCCUUUAUAAAGUACGUUAUGAGCAAGCAUUAAGCAACAUUUUGCGACUCUGAAAUAUGUAGUAGUUUAUGACUGUACCUUCGAUUAAACAACGAAUGUAAUGUACAAAUGUUUACUUCCUUUCGAAUGAUUGCUUUCCUUAAUGCUCUUUACUUGCUAUCAAUUUAGUUUCGUCGCAUGAUGGCUUUGCAGGGUUAGGUUUCACUUCCUUAAAAAAUGGCACGAAGACUUGUAUAUAUCUUUGGAGUUUUUUUGACAGUCAAUAAUUAAGCGCUUAUUGAAUUUGUCAGCACAGAGUAAUGAAUUAACUCAACAUAAGAAUGUCACGUGUAGAUUACUUCGUCUCCGUUUUUCUUCGUGUCAAUAAUGAGACUUCCUCCGUUUCUGACAAUCCACUCAACAUACUUGUGUUGCCUGUUUCACUUCUUCUCAAGUUUAUAUUACUUGUUGUUUAAUAAUUGACAGGUUUUAUUGAUGGUCAAUAACGUAGCGAAUGUUGUCAGUUCUCACCCAAUUCAAUGGAUUUCUUCCAAUCGCAGGGCUUGCCUCAUCAAAGAAAAUGUCAGAUGUAAAAUAUGGCAAUGCCACAUAUUACACAUGUUAAUUGUAAUGUAAUUAAAUAAGUCGUUUUCAUUUCAGCACCGAGGCAGGUUCUCCUGGGUUUGCCACGCUCGUAUCCUAUAGUAGGUCAGACAACCGUGGCUUGUAAACAUGCGCCCAUACAUCACAAGCAUUGAAUCUCACAUGUUGAAUUGUUUCAUGGUUAACAAUAAAGCCUGCAGGGAACUUGUACAAUUAAAUUUGUUUUUAAAUUUUUUUUUUUUUUUUUUUUACUUUAUUUCAUUUUAUUUGUCGUCGAGCUUACCUGUCUACGAACAUUGUACAGGACUUUGUAUGCACGUAUAAGAGAAAGACAUGAGCUAGGUUGAGCCUAGCUUGAUAGUAACGCAUUGUAUAAAAAUGUAUUUGUGACAUUGAAAUUUUUCUUGUUUAUCUGCGCAGUCAUUAAUGCUAGUAAACGCUUGCAAGGUUUAACGAAUUGUCAAUGGAAAUCGAACUUAUUUAACAUAAAGAAUACAUACUUUGAUUUUAAUAAACUGAAAGAAACAUUGAAAGAA